ACUGUCUGUAACAUUAAAAUGGCCGAUGGUCAGACGUGACGUAUUAUUUGUAGCAAUUGGGGACAGUGGUACUACAUUUUCCGUGUCGAAGUGAGUGAAAUAACGUGACAGUUUUGUUUGUACGGUGCUUUGAUAUUGCAAUACCUAAUGACAGACUCAUUUUAUUGAUAGUGACUGCUGGUGGUUGCUUCCGGCCAGUGCAUGGAACGCAAUGAGCCAGCAUUCAACACAUGCGCCACGGUCUGCACCUGUGGCCGUUGUCCCUGCAUUUGCUGAGCCCCUUGGAGGAGCCUGGUUGGGAGGAAUUGGAAGUGGUAGCAAUGGCAGGACCUCCCCCACAGCAGCACAGAAACAGCGAGCUGAAGUCAAACUUAAUGCUAUGCCAUGGUUUCAUGGCAAGAUAUCACGAGAUGAAGCAGAAGCCCUCCUUUCACCAAAAGCUGAUGGACUCUUUUUGGUACGCGAAUCUACCAACUUCCCUGGAGACUAUACAUUGUGUGUCUGCUACCAGGGUAAAGUUGAGCACUAUCGUGUGAAGUACAAGGAUCAUCAGCUGACAAUUGAUGAUGAAGAAUUCUUUGAAAAUCUUGCUAAACUCGUAGAGCAUUAUGAGCAAGAUGCUGAUGGGCUGUGCACACAACUUACAAAAAGUCUGCCAAAGAAAGGAAAGCAAGAAUUCUGUGUGGAUCCCAAUGCUUUUGUAGCUGCUGGCUGGGUGAUUCCUAAUCAUGACCUGGAGCUGAAAGAACCCAUUGGGAAGGGGGAAUUUGGUGAUGUCAUGCUGGGUCUCUUGCGGGGUGAGCGAGUUGCUGUGAAAAUGCUAAAGGACUCGAGUGAGGCAGCACAGAAAGUUCUUGCUGAAGCAUCACUCAUGACGUCUUUGCGUCACGAAAAUCUUGUUCAACUCCUUGGUCUUGUAUUCAGCAACAAGCUCAUUUAUCUAGUGACUGAAUACAUGAGCAAAGGUUCUUUAGUUGACUACCUCCGCUCUCGAGGAAGGUUACAUGUGACUCGACGAGACCAAAUUAAUUUUGCCCAUGACACAUGUUCGGGUAUGGAAUAUCUGGAGUCACGAAAAGUUGUUCAUCGAGAUUUGGCUGCUCGCAAUGUCCUCAUCUCAGAAGAUGGCUUUGCAAAAGUGUCAGAUUUUGGCUUGGCACGUGAUGAAAACUUCACAUUAGAAGGGGGAAAGUUGCCUAUCAAGUGGACAGCUCCUGAAGCACUUCGGCAUGCUAUAUUUUCAAACAAAUCCGAUAUGUGGAGUUUUGGCAUUCUUCUGUGGGAAAUAUAUUCAUUUGGCAGGGUCCCAUAUCCAAGAAUACCAUUAGCAGACGUAGUUAAACAUGUAGAAAAGGGUUAUAAAAUGGAGUCACCUGAGGGCUGCCCCCCGGAGGUUUAUGAGAUGAUGCGCCAGGCAUGGGAUCUAGUACCUGAUAAGCGGCCAACGUUCCGUGAAGUGAAAGCAAAGUUGGGUCAUCUUAGGGCACAAACUACGUAAAUGAAAGGAUAUGCUAUGAAGCAGAUCAUCUUUCUAUUUCUGCCUGUCGUGUGUGUGUGUGUGUGUGUGUGUGUGUGUGUGUGUGUGUGCGUGCGUGCUUGGAUUUAAAGUUGAAUUAUGUGAUACUCCUGGCUGCAUAAAUGUGUGUUUUGGCUGUUUCAUAUGCACAUAUCUCCAUCUUUGCAAUGUUGUAAUAAGUACUUAGGGAUGUCAAUUGAUACCUGCUGUAAAGAUUUGUCUUUGUUCAUACAGUGCAGGAAUGAGGGAGGUGAGCAGUUUUACUUUAUGAAACUGUAAAAAUGAAAUAUUAAGUCAGCAUCAGAGGUUCCUUUUCCAUUUGAUGUUGGUUGGUUUUUCACCAAAUUAGUCAUUAGUGAAUGCCAGAUUUUCAUUCUUGAAGUUUAUGAUGUAAGCCCACCUUUUUAACGUCACAGUUUUGCCGAUCACCUGUUACCUUUUAUAAAUAUGUUCCAGUAACCCUUUAAAAUCCUCUGAAAUGUGCAAUUUAUAUUCUUACAUAUAUUUAAAUUUUGUAUAUUUAUGUAAAUAAUAAUGAAUUUGUUAAUGAUCAAAUAUGAUUAUAUUUUAAUAAUUAUUUAAUGAGAGUUCUAAUAUAUAUAGUUACAAAAUCACCCAUAAAUAUAUCUAUUUAUACAUAUGCAAACAUGUAUGCAGUGUAUAGUCUUAACUUCUCACUUAAUGUUUCAUAACGAUCUGAUACACUGCUAUCUUCCUGUGAUUUUGUGUUAGUAGUAAUUUCUUUUCCAGUCAUGCUGAGCAAAACCUAUGCCCACAAUACCAAGAUAUCUAUAUUGUGAAAUUCUUCAGCUCAAAAAAAUAUGAAUGAUGAUAAGUUUAGUUCUAGAACAUUUAAAUAACAAUUCAGAUAUGAUUAUUUUUUCUUUUCUGUUUGAUUCUGUAGCCAUUUUUGAGUCAUCUGUUCAUACCAAUUACUACAGAAUCACUUGCUCCUCCAAGUGUUUAUUGAAUAAUAAAUGUUCAUCCGAAAAAUGUUACAUUGAAUGUAGCUAUUAAAUUUAGGCAUAUAUGGACAAAUAGUUUUGGACUUCAUCAUCAGUUAGAAUGAAGAGCUCUUUUGUAGUAAAGCUGAUCAAUUAUAAGACUGCUUUCUUUACAAUGUUUAUUCUUUGCACAAAGUCAAUGUGUUCAUCAAUAUUGUCCUGUUACGCUAAAAUAUCUCAGGCCAGCUUUGAUAGCAGGCCACUGAAUUUAUCAUUCAUCUGUAAUGGAUUUUUUAGAGCCAGUUGAAGUAGCUUUUUCAAUUUUUGUGAAUAAAUAUUUAGAAUGCCAAAAAGCAUGUCUUCUUUAUGUGUUGAAUUUGUGCAGUUAACACCUUUUAGCAGUGAACGGAGGAAACAUUUAUAAAUUUGUUAUUAGUGGACAUAGUGAUUAUAACUAUUUUUGAUGUUAUAUUUUAAAUACUUGCAUAUUUCUUUAUGUUUUCCUAAGCUGUUUCCUAUACAUUUACACUACAAUGGAACAUGGAUUGACAUCCCUAAUGAAGUUUUCUGGAGUAUUCAUUAAAUAUCAUUAUCAUCUUUAAUUGGAUUUUACUUGUUCAUUAUUGCAUUUUCUGUUACUGACUUAAUUUUACUCAGUAGUUAUUCGAGGUCAUGACAUACAUAACAGAUUGAUAAUUGAUGAGAUUCGUAGUAUUUAAAUUGUGUGUGAAGAAAUUUAUUGAAACUUAUGAAAAUAUUUAUAUCCAGUAAUGAAUAUUGGCACCACAGGAGGGCUCCCAUCAUCUGAUACUGAAAUGUUUGUUAAAAUUGUUUAUAGAAAGUUUUCUCUUAAAAGAAACUACAAUCAAAUAUAGAGGAAGAAAAACUUCUACUUAAUGGAUCUGUUAAUUUUCACCUUGUCUGUCUCUCCCUACAGCAAGGUUUCAAAAGGAUUUCCAUAUUUAAUACCUGUAUAACCCCUGUCAGCCAGUGAGCAUUUUCCUCUUUCCUGGCUGAAUUGACUGCUGGCUCCAAAAAGAUAAUGUCUGUAUCUGCAUAAGUGAAUCACAUAGAAGUUUUUUUCACUCCUCCUUUGAUUGCAGGAUCUGUUUUGUGGACCCUAUAGUUGUAAUACUACAUUAACACUAUUACACAGUGCUGUGGCACUAUGCUCAAGUGUCUUAAUCAUGUAAAAAAUACUAUUUUACAUGUUAGUGAAUUACUUCUGAAUUGUAAAAUGAUUGUGGUGUAUAUGUCUUAUUUGUCCAGUCACAUGUAAAUGGUGCUUCACCAUUCUUGAAUCAAUUUGUAAUGUGGUUUUACUUUGGCAUUGCACUGAUCCCAGCAACAUUUGUUUUUCUUGACAUGAUUUAACUAUGAAUUUAUGUAAUGAAAAAUUACCAUGAAUCAAUUUAGAUUUCUAUCAUGAAAAAAACUGCUUUAUUUUAGUUACUUACUCAUAUAUAGUGUACUGUCUGUGUCUGAAACUGAAAAAUUCCUGAGGAAAAGGUACAGUUAAACAGUUUGCUCAUCUCAUAUGUUGAAUCAUUGCUAUACAGCAGAUAGGAAAAGUGCAAGUACAGGCUAUUUGGCUACUUAAGAAUACAUCCACUCACCAAGGACCAGUGUUUGAGAAAUACUAUGGUGCAAGGAAGUUGAAAGAAAUUGAUAGUUUUGCUGACUUCAUUGUUCCAUCUGUCUGCUGGUAAGGUCAUCAAUGACAUCAUUUCCUCAAAAAUAAAAACCAUGGCUAUUACUACUUCAUUUUAUAAAAACCUAUCAGCUCAUUUGUAAUAAUGCCAAUAUGUAAAUGUUCCUUCAUAAUUAUUUACUGUGAAAGGUAAUAUUAGCAACAUGCUUUUUAGGUUACUGGACAUGAGCCGUAUGAGUUUAUCUCAGUUUGGCUGUAAGUACCAAAAUAUGUAGCUUCAAUAGUUGUUACUGUAUGGAUUACUGCUACCCACUUUAUGAAGUAUUGUGCUGAAUUACAUGGAGAUAUGAGGUUCCUCAUUUUUAUAUUGGUGCCUUGGUUUUCUUGAGAAACUACUGUCAUUACCAGAAUUUGUAUUUUUUUAAAAUUAUUGACAUGUGUUUUUUGAAACUCACUAUGAUGGCUUCUUUUACUUGUUUUGGAAUUCUUACCUCAAAUAUUAGUAUGCUGGAGACUGAAGCUGUUGGUGCAGCAUGUAUCUCAAUGAAGAAAUAAAUACUUAAGUGGGAAUAAUGUAAUUAGUGUUUGUUGAACUGUUGUAUCUGUUGAAAUUGACACGUAACACUGUGUUACAAUAGUUACAAAAAAUUGAUGCCAUGUGUCUACACAGAUAAAAUAAAAUCUUCCUUUUCAGUUAUAAAACUAGGAAACAAUGAAGGAAACGUGAAAGUUGUGAGAUGAAAGAUGUGUGUGUAACACAGUUUACAUAUUCCAGCCAUUUUAACUAUAUCAGACUUUAAUACAAUAAUUAUUUUUAGGAAAUAUUAAUGUUUUGCAAACAUUAUGUUUUGAAUAUUUUACAAUACAUUUCUUGCAGAAUGCUAAGAAAUUGAAAUAAGAAAGACUUUCGUAUACAAGAAAAUGUUCUGUCAUUACUGGAAUAAUGGGAAUGUUUAAGGUCUAUCCCCCAAUGCUCAAGAAGAAUAUCUUUUAUGUCUGAUAGUGUGUUUGUGUGCGUAUGUGUGUGUGUGUGUGUGUGUGUGUGUGUGUGUGUGAGAGAGAGAGAGAGAGAGAGAGAGAGUUAGACUAUGGUAUGAAAAAAUUCUUCUUUAUAUUUUGAUGUAUAUUGUCUAUGUAAAUAAUACUGUAUAUAGUGAAUAAACCAUACGAAACAUGACUGA